CUGUAGUGUUUCUCAUUUAUCAGCUGCCCCAGAGCCCUGCAGAGAAACCGAUGGGAGACACACAGUGAGCUCGGAGGAUGGCAAUGGCAGGUCAUCGCGGGACAAUGUGGCUUCUUCCUCUUGUCCUCCUUUUCCUUCAGAUGGUGCAGACAGUCGUGCCAAAUGCGUGCAAAGUCAACAACGGGAACUGUGAGCAGUUCUGCAAAGCUGAAGAUGACCGAGUUGUAUGUUCCUGUGCUGCCGGCUAUGCCCUGGGCAAUGACAACAAAACCUGCAUUCCUGUAGUCAAGUUCCCGUGUGGUAAGCUUCAGAAAAAUCAGGAAUCCAGUCGAGAGAAAGUCACAGGAACCACAGCGAGUCCAGAUGCUCAUCCUGAAGAUGAGGGAACCACUGAGGCCCCGAGCAGCCAUUCAGAGGUCACCGGGGAGGCUGGCAGUUUACCCAGUGUAUGCCCAUGGCAGGCUGUUCUACUAGGAGAUGAGUAUGGUGAAUGGUUUUGUGGGGGGACAAUUCUGAAUGAGUAUUUUAUACUUUCUGGAGCUCAUUGCGUUAACCAGUAUAAAGAUUUAUGGGUUCUUGUUGGGAUGGUGGACAAAGACAAUGAAGAGCCAAGCAGAGCAAUGCACAGAGUGGAAAAAAUAAUUGCACAUGCUGAAUUUGAUGCAGAAACUUACAACAACGAUAUAGCCCUUCUCAAAUUAGAAGAACCUAUCACAUUUUCUGAGGAUGUUGUCCCAGCAUGCCUUCCAGAAGAAGACUUCGCUAACAACGUCCUGAUGAACCAAACAUUUGGAAUUGUCAGUGGCUUUGGAAGGAGGUUUGAACGUGCGGAGACAGUCAAAAGAAUGAAAGUGCUUCAAAUCCCUUAUGUGGACAGGGACACUUGCAAACUUGCCCUUUAUAACCCGGUCACAGAAAACAUGUUCUGCGCUGGAUAUGACAAAGAUGGAAAAGAUGUCUGCCAAGGAGAUGGAGGAGGCCCCCACGUAACUCAGUACAAUGGCACUUAUUUUGUUACUGGUAUCAUCAGCUGGGGAGAAGGGUGUGGAAGGCAAGGGAAAUAUGGAGUUUACACCAACUUGUCAAAGUUCCUACCCUGGAUAAGAAGUGUUUUGGCAGAAAACUCUUAACAGUUUGACAUUUAAUAAACCCAAUUGUCUUAGCGAUCAGACCUGAUCCCUAACUAAUAUUUUCCUCCUUUUAUCAUGCUUGCUAAAGUUCUAAUAGUUUGUGCUUCCCUUAAGAGAACCCAUCUAUUGCUUCAUGAGCUAAUGCCUGGUUUUCAGAAGGUGGGGUUGGACUUCAAACAGAGCUUACUGGUUUUGGACAAUAACGAAACUUCUUCAAAUGGUUUAGGAACACCUUCUGCUCUUGCUGUGAUAAUCUAAAUUUGUCUAUUGGAGGCUUUGCCUGUGCUGGUAAGACCCCUGCCUUUGCAAGGAAAGUUGGAACUAACUCAACAUUUCUGUGGCAGUGCCUGCGUUAUAGAAACAAACCAGACUAGUAAGACAGUACCAGAGUAGGACAGCAUUUUAAAAGCCUCUGGAAAAGCUACCUAGUUUUCUAGAUUUAUAUACAUGUACACAGAAAAAGCUAGAAAAUGCAAAACCCACCCAUGUAUCUAUACAAGUCUAAUAAACUGUGCAUGUCACUGAAUCAAAUGACUUCUUAGAUUAAGUUCAUUGAAUUGUAAAGGCUUGCUUAUCGUUACCAAAAUCACUGGUAUUCUGUUAUUUUCUUCACCAGUGUUUUUGAUGUCAUGAUUUUGGCUAUAAUAAAGUGAACGUGUUGCAUACCCUACAAAUUACAAUAUUG